AUGUCCUCCAACUACUCAUCUCGAGGAAGACCAACAGGCUCUUCUUAUCGUGGUCGGGGGUCACACUCCAGCUACAGCUCAAAACAGCCGUCGUACCCGCCCCUUCCUCCAGAUCGCGUGCUCACCGAAGGGCUCACCCGCAUUGCCAUUUGCACCUUGAACAAGCCGAGCGCCUCCAGCACCCCUGGCGUUACCAUCAAACCCGAGAAUCUGAAGUACAUCGGCUCAUACAACUGGGUGGAUGAGCUCAGCCCCACGAUCAUUGUCCCUGGUUCACCUCCCGAGUGGCGGAAGCGACCGUUCCCAUACCGGGUCCCUUAUGAUACUGGGCCUCGGAUGGUGGAUCAGAACGGCCACCGUAUGGGAAGCGCCUCUACCUUGCUCCCUCUCCUCCGUGCUGUCGACGUCGUCGCGGAAGCCGAUGCCGACACUUCCUUCGACUGGUCAUCCAUCGAUGUGGUCACCGACCGGAACGGUCUUCGCAAGCUCUUGAGGUGGCUUCACUAUGACCCGUCGUCCAGCUCAGAUCCUCCCAAGGACUUUAGGAUCGAUAUUCAGCUCGGCGGCAAUAAGACCCUGCUCUUCCAUCGCUGGGAGAAACGCAAAAGGGAGCUUGCGGAGCCCCCGCGAUCGGGAUGCGGCAUCAACUUUGAACGCGAGAGCACGACCCCGGCGCCCGGCUGCAGCCGCGGAACGGGUCAUCAUCGUAUCGUGCAAUAUGACCUGGGCGGUCUGAAAGUCGUCGUCCGUUUCGAGGUAGAUGCUUGCGUCGCAGGAACCGCGAACAACAGCGCUCCCAAGUCUCCUACGCUCGCCUCCCCGACUCCCAAGCGCGCUACUGGCAACGUCGACGACCUCGCCGACCUCCUGUCGGGACUCGACGUCCAGUCAGCCGCUGGAACUGGCUCCUCAUCCACGAGCGCCGGUAUCACGGUCAUCCCAGGGGGCUCCAAGGUCCCCCAGUCCGCGAUCAUCGAGCUCACGACUCGCUCGAUCAACACCGUCGAAGACUUCGACUGGCAGGAGCAAUUCCCACAGCUCUUCCUAUCGGGCACGCCGAACCUCUACCUCGCUGUCCACCAGCGUGGCACGUUCGAGCGCGCGAUCGAGCACCGGGUCGGCUCUGAGGAGAUGCACUCCGUGGAGCAGGGCACGCGCACCCAGCGCGGCUUCCGCCAGCUGGUCGCGGUGCUGCGGCAGCUGCAGACCAUGGCGCGCGAGCACGGGAAGCGCGUCAAGCUCUCGUUGGUGUGCCAAGAAGGGGUCCUCAAAGUCUAUGAACGUGGUGGGGAGGGAGGCGUCCUUGAAGACGCCGAUCUAGAGCGCUUUGGCGUCUAG